AUGAGUACACGAACAUUAAGGGAAACACCUAUUCAUGUUGGAAUAGAUUUAGGAACAACAUAUUCAUCUAUUGCUAUUUAUUCUGAAAAUAAUAACAAUCAAGUAGAGGUAUUAGAAAUAUCAAAUAAUGUAUCUUCAAUACCAUCAUGGGUUCAACUAUUGAAUAGAGGUAAUGGAAUUAAAACUUACCAAGCAGGAAUUUUAGCAAAAAAAAGUGGUGGUAUUUGUCUUCAUGACUCUAAAAGAUUAAUAGGAGAAACAGUUAAACAUUAUAAUGAACAAAAGAAGUUAUUACCAUCAUUUACAUCAUUUGCAGUUUCAACAGAUAAUAACGAAAUAAAAAUGUGUGUUGAAGAUCCUACUAAUCCAACACAAACAGAAAGUUUUUAUCCAAUUGAAGUAUCAGCAAUGGUUCUUAGAACAUUGUACAAUGUGCUCAAGGAAAAAAUAGGAAAUAAAAAAAUAGGAAAAGUAGUUGUUACCAUUCCUGUUUCUUUUACACCAAAACAAAAGAAAGAAACAAUUCAAGCAUGUAAAAUGGCAGGAUUUGAGGAUAUUUCUUUAUUACAUGAGCCAACUGCAUCAGUUAUAGAAUUUGAUAGAGAACAUCACAUAAAAGAUAAUUCAAAAGUUCUUGUAAUUGAUUGUGGAGGAGGAACAACAGAUGUUGCUUGUUGUAUUUUCCAUAAAGAUGAAAAAAAAGAAAACCAUGGAAAAGACUUAGAAAUAACAAAGAAGAUAGUUUUAGAGAAAAUAAAACAUUCAAACAUAGCAAAUGAGAAAGUGUUAGAAUUACUUAAUCCACCAGAAGAAUCUGAUUCAUUUAUAAUAAAAUUAGGAAAGCAAUCAGUUUCUGAACGUAUUGAUGGUAUAGUGUUAAAUUGCCUUAAAAGAGUAUCUCAGGGGAAUUCAUUCACAUUUAAUGGAUUUGAAAUACAUAGAGAAUUAAAAAUGAAAAUAGCAAUAAAACCAGAAGAUUUUAAUAAAAGAGAUGAAGAUUCAAAAAUAGAAUGUAUUAGAAAUGAAAGUGAUCUUAAUCUUGGUGGAAACAAUUUUGAUGACUCUCUCAUUACAAUUAUUCUUGAUAAAAUAAAACAGCGUAUUGGUGAUACUGAAUUUCAAAGAUUGUUUAUAGUAAAAAGUGCUGAUGCUAAAAAUGUUAAAAAGAAGAAAGAAAAGAGGAUGAAAAAAAUUAGAAAUAUUGCAGAAGAUACUAAAAUAUUAUUUUCUGGAAACACAGGUUGUUUACCUAUUCAACUUGAUGAUUUAAAUGCAGAAGAUCUUGAAGGAGCAACAAUUACUGUAACUAGAGAUGAAUUUGAGUCAGAGUGUAUAAAAGAUAAAUUAAUAGAAAAGAUUGAACGAUGUGUAAAAAAUGUGAUAAAAAGUGCUGAUUGGGCAAUUGAAGAUAUAGACUGUGUUCUUGCUGUUGGUGGAACAUGUUAUAUUCCUCUUGUUAGAAAGUCAAUUUCUAAAAUGCUUGGAGAAAUAAAAUUGGCAUACCAAUUGUCAAUAAAUAAAGAAGAUACUGUUGUAGAAGUUAUGCCAUAUACACUUGGGUUUGGGUUAGUUGAUAAUAAGUUUAGUAUUUUUGCACCAAAAGGAGAACCACUACCAAUUACUUAUGAAGGUGAAUAUUUCAACGCAUAUGAUGAUCAAAGAAGUAUUAGAAAUUCAAUUUAUAAAGGAGAAGGAAGAAAAACAAAUGAAGAAGGAAUGGAACUUGUUACUGAAGUAACAAUAGAAGGACUUCCACCUGGAUUAAAGGAAGGUGAAUUUAAAAUGAUUCAUAAAGUAACUGUGAAUAAAAGUGGUCUUGUUGAAGUUGAAACAGUUAAAAAAGAAACAGGAAAGCAUCUUGAAAAGAUGAAAGCAUUUGUAAAUCUUGGAUUUGAUGAAGACAUGAUAAAGAAGAUUCAACAACAUCUUGAGCCUUAUAUUAGAAAUUCAGAGUAA